CUCUAGACAAGACAAAGUUUAAGAUAGAGGGAACGCUUACAGAUGAAAAUAUCACAAAAUAACUUACAUAUGACAUUAUCACUCGGUGGCUCAAUAGUUAGGAACAUAUUUAAGGUCCGUAUUCCAAAUGAAACAUCUUGAUUCGACUCAUGACACUAGUAAAUCACAUAAUGAUUGUCAGAACUCAAAAAAAGCUAAAUGUUGUUGUAAGUCGUCCAAAGCCCCAUAAGCUUUUCUUUUUCAAAAAAAAAAAAACUAACGUAUGAUUUGGUCGCGAGUGAGCAUUGAGAAAUCAGUCAUCCUUUAAUAACGAACAAAUACAAAAUGACGUGCUGACGAGGGAAAGAAAACGAGCUUCCCACUACUACCAAGUACCAAACAAAAACUUUGCCUUGUCCCAACUUUAUAUACCAGACUCCCCCAUUCUUUCUCUUUCAUUCAUUCACAACUUCUCUUCAAACAUUCCUACGGAACAUGAAGCCCCAAAGCACUUCGAUUUUUUUUAUUUUUUAUUUUUAAUGUCAAAUGCUGUUAAAAGCGCUUUGAUUAUCUGAAAGUGCUUUUAGCUAUUACAGAAGCAUUCUCAAACAAGCUAACGUUCUCUCUUUCAGCAUCUGGCAUGGAACAUCAAGCCCCGAAGCAGCAAAAGAGAGCCUUUGCCAACAAACAAGGCAAGUCCAAAGAGAGGACCAAAUCCAAGUGCAAGUUUGUUGGGGUGAGACAAAGGCCAUCCGGGAAGUGGGUUGCAGAGAUCAAGGACACAACAAAGAAGAUAAGAAUGUGGCUUGGAACCUUUGAGACUGCCGAGGGAGCUGCUCGAGCUUACGACGAGGCUGCUUACCUUCUUCGGGGUUCGAAUACCAGAACCAACUUCCCCACUCAUGUCCCUUCCAACUCUCCACUUUCUUUGAAGAUCAUAAACCUCCUCAACCAGAAAAAGGGCUUGAAAGAAAGCCCUUCAAGUUCCAACCCCAACAGCCUAAAUUCCACCCCUAUAGCUACGACUACUAGAAUUACUAACAAAUAUACCACUUUCAGUGACGGUUCAGCCAACUCCAUUGCUACUUUUAGUGAGACUUUUCUGCCUGACUGCAAAAGCCAGAAAAAUGUUCAGGUGUUUGAUGAUGCAUAUAGACCAGACGUCAGCAACUGCAUCGGUGUUCUUCAACCGGGGUUGUUUCGUAACCAUUUCGGGCGCCAGUGGCCACUCUUAACUGGGUUUGAUCAGCUUCCAGUAACCCACGAAGGGAAUGAUCUAGCGAAAGACAUUGGUAUGACAUCGUCACCUAAUGUUGCAGCAGAGCCAGAAUUUGCGCUUGAGGUAGAGAGGCAGAUUUCAGCUUCGACUUAUGCAAUGAAUGGAGUGAACGAGUACUUGGACAAUGGUUACGACUCCGGUGAUGCUCUCUGGGAUCAUACUAGUCUCUCUCAGUUGUUCUGCCUCGGCUGAUGGCGACUCUUCAUCUCUUUUUCUGAGUGAUCUUAUAGUUUUGAUUAUUUUGAAGUGAGAGAAUUGAAGGGUUAUUCUUGAAUCUUGAGAGGUUAUGUUUAGUGAUGCUUUUGAAAGCAUGAGAAGCGUAGGAAGCUGUGCGAUAUCAAUAGCUUAUACUUCCAUUUAAAGAUGCAAAAUGAACAAUAUCUUCAAAGUUGCAUGGAAGGAAUGAGUAUUGUAAUGAUUAUGAUUCUUGAGUUUCUUGCGUUUACUUAAACAUGGGUAUCAAAAUUUCCUUACUUCCCUUGCGUGUUUAUUGACACGCAUGGAAUAAAAGAAGUACGUAAUUUGAUACCUGAAGAAUCAGGAAUCAUAUCAACGGGGGUUGCUAGUUGAUCUCAUCACUCCCAUUCCUUCUUUUCCUUUCUCGAUUCGUGACUUCCUUCAUUCUAAGUAACAUGCCGUAGUAUAUUGAUAUUGGAGAAUCA